CAUGGCCUCUUGGAACCGCUACGGGAGUCGGAUGAGAGAGGCGAAAAUGCUUACAUUACUGCUGCUGGUGUGGCUGCUGCCGGUGCUGGACGCAGUAAAGGUGUCUCCUCUCAUUGAGAAGGUCAGCGACCACAAAGACUUCAAGAAGCUGCUCAGGACGAGAACCAACGUUCUGGUGCUCUACACCAAGACAGCUACAUCAGGAGACUCCCACCUGAAGCUGCUGUCAGAUGUGGCCCAGACAGUGAAGGGCCAGGGGACUAUCGCCUGGGUCAACUGUGGGGAUUCAGAGGGCCGUAAACUCUGCAAGAAAGUGAAAGUGGACCCAAGCUCCAAAAGCGGAGGGGCCGAGCUGCUGCAUUACAAAGAUGGGACGUUCCACACAGAGUACAACAGGCCUGCUACCUCCAAGUCUAUGGUAGCAUUUUUAAAAGACCCGUCAGGUCCUCCGCUGUGGGAGGAGAACCCCGAGGCGAAAGACGUCGUCCACAUAGAAACAGAAAAAGAGUUCAGGAAGCUGCUGAAGAGAGAGGAGAGGCCGGUUCUUAUGAUGUUCUACGCUCCCUGGUGCGGUGUUUGUAAGAGGAUGCAGCCCAUCUUUCAGCAAGCGGCAACAGAGACGAAGGGGAAAUAUGUACUGGCGGGGAUGAACGUGCACCCGGGUGAGUUUGACGGCCUCAAGCAGGAGUACAACGUCAAAGGCUACCCGACCUUCUGCUAUUUUGAGAAGGGGAAGUUCCUCCACCACUAUGAAAACUAUGGAGCUACAGCCAAGGAUAUUGCAGACUGGAUGAAGAACCCUCAGCCCCCCCAGCCAAAGACCCCCGAGGUGCCGUGGUCGGAGACAGACUCGCCAGUCUUCCACCUGACCGAUGAGUCCUUUGACAGCUUCCUGGAGGAACAUCCUGCUGCCCUGAUCAUGUUCUACGCUCCCUGGUGUGGCCACUGCAAGAAGAUGAAGCCAGAAUAUGAUGAAGCUGCUGAAAUACUGAACAAAGGUGCAGAGAGUCCAGGUGUGCUGGCAGCAGUGGACACCACAGUGCACAAGGCUGCAGGGGAUCGCUUCAAGAUCUCUGGCUUCCCUACCGUUAAGUAUUUCGAGAAAGGUGAGGAGAAGUUCACGCUGCCACAUCUCAGAAGCAAGGAGAAGAUCAUCGAGUUUAUGCACAACCCACAGGCCCCUCCUCCACCAGAGCAGUCUUGGGAGGACAAGCCUUCCAGCGUCAGCCAUCUUGGAUCAGAGGAUUUCCGAGAGGCGCUGAAGAAGAAGAAACACGCUCUGGUCAUGUUCUACGCUCCAUGGUGUCCGCACUGUAAAAACGCCGUCCCCCACUUCACCACCGCAGCAGAGCUCUUCAAAGAGGACCGCAAGAUUGCAUAUGCUGCUGUGGACUGUACGAGAGGCCAGAACCAUGAGCUCUGUAAGCAGGAAGGGGUGGAGGGAUACCCAACCUUCAACUACUACAACUACGGCAAGUUUGUGGAAAAAUACAACGGAGAUCGUGGGGAGGGGGGUUUCACCACCUUCAUGCGCAGCCUGAGAGGACGCGACCAGGAAAAGGUCGGCAAGAAGAAGGAGGAGCUCUGAGGGGGGGGGCGGCGUGCACUGUACAGUUUGUCAUUGCACUGUGACCCUCGACACCCCCACCCCACCCCCCCACGCCCCCAUCCCC